AUGAACUUUGGAAAGCCACUCACCCCCGAGCAGACUGCUGCGUACCUGCGCACCCUCCCUGCUAUACGCGAGCGAUGCGGCCGUGUACAUGCCCUCGCUCAGGAGGGCAAACUGGAGUACUUCACCUAUCAUCCAGAGAAGGAGGCAGAUGUAGCUGCAUUCUGCGUGGACAUCAUAAAGCGUGAUUUCGGGACCAACUUCGCUUCAAUCCCACCCCACGGUCGAUGGCGGCAUCUCGACGCUGGGCGAUCCCGUGUUGAGCCCCUAAUCAACAAGUGGAAGGCGUCCCCGAAUCCUCCUGAUGACAAGGAGAUCACCAAGAGGCUUCUGGACCUCUUCCUCGUAUCUGUGCUUCUUGAUGCAGGUGCCGGAAACAGCUGGACUUACCAUGAACCGGAGUCUGGUCUGAAGUUCUCGAGAUCCGAAGGUCUUGGGGUCGCCAGUAUCAACAUGUUUGAGGAGGGUUUCUUCUCCUCGGAUAGUCAGAACCCGCAUAAAGUCGACGCGGAGGGCCUGUCGCGCAUCACUUCAGAUCGGACUGCUUCCGCCAUGCAGGUCAGCUCAUCGAACCCAAUGGUCGGUCUGGAAGGGCGUUCGUCGUUACUCCUAAACCUGGCCGAUGCAUUGCGGGCGAGCCCGACGUUCUUCGGGAGUAGCUCAAGACCAGGCGACAUCCUUGAUUUCUUCGAGUCUGAAUCGAAACCGGAAGGGCCGACACGCAAAGUGCAUAUCUUCUCCCUGCCUCGCGCCGAUUUGGCCCAAGACGCGGACCUCGCUGGGGGUGUCUCGCUAGGCGACGUAUGGCCUGUGAUGCACUCAAGCCGACGCAAUGGUGGAAGCAGACGAGCUCGUCCCUUCCACAAACUCACUGGCUGGAUCACGUACAGUCUUGUCGAGCCGAUCCAGAAGAUUCUCGGUUGGCAAAUCGAAGGCAUCGAGUACAUGACAGGACUGCCUGAGUAUCGCAACGGUGGUCUGCUCGUCGACCUCGGUGUACUGCAGCUGAAGCCAGACGCCCUGCCUUCCUCAUUCUAUCCCGACGCCAACUCAAGCAUCCCCAAACUCCCGCCUUCGCACCCAGCUAUCGUCGAGUGGCGGGCAAUGACCAUCAUUGAAUUAGAUCGGAUAGCUGAUGCUAUUCGACAGAACCUCGGUCUGAGCCCGGCUGAGUUAACGCUGGCUCAGGUUCUGGAAAGCGCGACGUGGAAGGGCGGUCGCGAGAUAGCAAAGCAGAAACGACCCGCCACCGGUGGUCCACCCAUCGACAUCGAAAGUGACGGUACGGUCUUUUAA